AUGGCAGUGUGUGUUUGGGUGGCGGCCCCCCUGCUCUUCCUGGGGCUGUGCCUGUGCAGCGUGGGGGGCCAGGCCCAAGGGGAGGUCCUGGAGUUUGGAGGUGUUUCCAGUCAGUGGGGGCGUUUUCCGGUGUGGAACGCCUGCUGCGAGAGUGUGCUGAGCUUCAGCCUGCGGACUCACAGCCAGGAGGGCCUGCUGCUCUACCUGGAUGAUGAGGGCUUCUGCGAUUUCCUGGAGCUGCUGCUCCUCCACGGCCACCUCCGCCUGCGCUUCUCUAUCUUCUGUGCUGAGCCGGCCGAGCUGCAGUCAGGCGUGGCGGUUAGUGACGGGCACUGGCAUGCAGUGCGUGUCAAGCGGGACUGGAGGAACACCACUUUGGAGGUGGACGGGCGACAAGAGGGAUGGGCACAGGUGAAGAGCAAGAGAAGAGACAUGACAAUAUUCAGCCACACCUUUAUGGGCGGGGUGACGCCAGAGCUCCACUCCUCGCCCCUGCGUCUCACCUCUCCGUCGGUGCGGGAACACCCUGCCUUCCGUGGCUGGAUCACGGCGGUGAGCAUCAAUGGCUCACUAGUGACACUGGACAGCUCAGAGGGUGUCACAGUAACACCUGGAUGUGGGCCGGACCACCAGUGCCAAAAUGGAGGGGUGUGCAGCGUGGUCAACGACCAGGCCGUCUGCGACUGCUCUGACACGGGUUUCCAAGGCAACGACUGCAGCGAAGGUCUGGCACACCUGAUGAUUGGCGACCAAGCUCGCGAGGAGUAUGUUGCCACCUUCAAGGGCUCUGAGUAUUUCUGCUAUGACCUGUCGCCCAACCCCAUCCAGUCUAGCAGCGAUGAAAUCACACUUUCCUUCAAGACACUGCAGCGCAACGGCCUGAUGCUGCACACCGGCAAGUCAGCCGACUACGUCAACCUGGCACUGAAGAACGGUGCUGUGUCGCUUGUCAUCAACCUCGGCUCCGGGGCCUUCGAGGCCUUGGUAGAGCCCGUCAACGGCAAGUUCAACGACAACUCCUGGCACGAUGUCAAAGUCACCCGCAACCUGAGACAGCACUCAGGCAUUGGACACGCUAUGGUAAACAAACUCCAUUGUUCGGUGACCAUAUCUGUGGACGGCAUCCUGACCACCACGGGCUACACCCAGGAGGACUACACCAUGUUGGGCUCUGACGACUUCUUCUACGUGGGUGGGAGCCCCAGCACCGCUGACCUCCCUGGUUCUCCAGUCAGCAAUAACUUCAUGGGCUGUCUCAAAGAGGUGGUGUACAAGAACAAUGAUGUACGGUUGGAGCUGUCUAGACUGGCUAAACAGGGAGACCCAAAGAUGAAGGUAAGUGGGGUGGUGUCCUUUAAGUGCGAGAGUGUAGCAACGCUGGACCCCGUGACCUUUGACACCCCAGAAUCUUUCGUGGCACUGAACAAGUGGACAGCAAAGAAGGCAGGAUCCAUCUCGUUUGACUUCAGGACCACAGAGCCCAACGGGUUGAUGCUCUUCAGUCACGGCAAACCCAGACAGCAGCAACGAAAGGACCCCCGCACGCCUCCUACUAUCAAGGUGGAUUUCUUCGCUAUUGAGAUGCUGGAUGGACAUCUGUACUUAUUGCUGGACAUGGGAUCAGGAACCACCAAAACCAAGGCCAUCGACAGGAAGGUCAAUGAUGGAGAAUGGUAUCACGUGGACUUCCAGAGGGACGGGCGCUCAGGAACCAUCUCAGUGAACAGUGUGCGAACUGCAUACACGGCUCCAGGAGACAGUGAGAUCUUGGACCUGGAUGACACCCUUUAUCUCGGAGGACUACCUGAGGACCGUGCUGGACUCAUCUUUCCUACAGAGGUGUGGACAGCUCUGUUGAACUACGGUUACGUGGGCUGCAUCAGAGACCUGUUUGUGGACGGGCAGAGUAAAGACAUCCGGCGGCUUGCAGAGGCUCAGAGGGCGGUGGGCGUCAAGCCUUCGUGCUCCAGAGAGCCACCCAAACAAUGCCUCUCCAACCCCUGCCAGCACAAUGGCAACUGCAGGGAGGGAUGGAAUCGCUACGUCUGCGACUGCUCUGGGACGGGUUACCUGGGGCGCUCUUGUGAAAGAGAUGCAACUAUCCUGUCGUACGACGGCAGUAAGUUUAUGAAGGUGCAGUUGCCUGUGGCGAUGCACACCGAGGCGGAGGACGUCUCGCUACGGUUUCGCUCCCAGCGGGCCUAUGGCGUUCUCAUGGCAACCACAUCCCGUAACUCCGCAGACACCCUUCGUCUGGAGCUGGAUGGGGGCCGUGUCCGACUCACUGUCAACCUAGGUACACACAUGAACAUAUACACAAAUGCUCACGGCGUGGAGAACUGUAUCAGGAUAAACUGUACAUCCAGUAAAGGCCCAGAGACCAUCUUUGCGGGGUCGGGCCUCAAUGAUAAUGAGUGGCACACAGUGAGAGUAGUCCGGCGUGGCAAGAGCCUCAAGCUCACCGUGGACGACAUGCAGCCAGUUGAAGGUCAAAUGGCGGGCGAUCACACCCAGCUAGAGUUCCACAAUGUGGAGACUGGUAUUGUGACGGAGAAGCGCUACAUACCCGCCGUGCCCUCCAAUUUCAUCGGCCACCUUCAGGGCCUGGCGCUGAACGGCAUGCCUUACAUCGACCUGUGUAAGAACGGCGACAUCGACUACUGCGAGCUCAACGCUGUUAUCGGCUAUAAGACCAUUGUGGCUGAUCCCGUCACCUUCCGCUCGCGCUCCAGUUUUGUCACACUGCCCACGCUACAGGCCUACUACUCCAUGCAUCUCUUCAUGCAGUUCAAGACAACCUCCCCCGACGGCCUUAUUCUCUACAACAGGGGAGACGGCAAUGACUUCAUAGUGGUAGAGCUGGUUAAAGGUUACCUUCACUACAUCUCUGACCUGGGCAAUGGAGCACACUUGAUCAAGGGCAAUUCUAACAGUCCUCUAAAUGACAACCACUGGCACAAUGUGCACAUUUCCAGAGAUACGAACAAUCUUCACACGGUCAAGAUUGACACCAAGGUCACUACGCAGACCACCACAGGCGCCAAGAAUCUCGACCUAAAGGGUGACCUGUACAUCGGGGGCGUCUCCAAAGAAAUGUACCGGGACCUACCUAAGCUGGUCCAUUCCCGCGAAGGAUUUCAAGGUUGCCUAGCAACAGUUGAUCUAAAUGGCCGGCUCCCUGACCUUUUGGCUGAUGCCUUGGCAACUAUGGGACAAGUAGAGAGAGGCUGUGAAGGUCCCAGCACUACCUGUCAGGAAGACUCCUGCUCAAAUCAGGGAGUUUGUUUGCAGCAGUGGGAGGGUUUCACCUGCGACUGCAGUAUGACUUCAUAUGCUGGGCCACUAUGCAAUGAUGCUGGGACAACUUAUAUCUUCGGCCGUGAUGGAGGCGUGGUGGUUUACACAUGGCCCCCUAAUGAACGUCCGAGCACCAGGGCAGACAGGCUUGCCCUUGGAUUCAGCACUCAACAAAAACACGCCACUCUUCUCCGGGUGGACAGCGCAUCUGGCCUGGGAGACUACCUACAGCUGCAGAUAGACAAAGGCAACAUUAGAGUAGUGUUUAAUGUUGGCACUGAUGACAUCAACAUCGAGGAGAGCACCAAGUUUGUCAACGAUGGGAAGUACCACAUAAUUCGGUUCACCCGCAGCGGAGGCAAUGCUACCCUCCAACUGGACGACCUGCCUGUCAUAGAACGCUAUCCCUCAGGCAACAUUGAUAACGAGCGCCUGGCCAUCGCCAGACAGCGAAUCCCCUAUCGGCUCGGUCGAGUAGUUGACGAUUGGCUACUCGACAAAGGUCGCCAGCUGACCAUCUUCAACAGCCAGACGACGGUGCGUGUCGGUGGAGCCGAGCGAGGCGCUGGCAUGUUCCAAGGUCAGCUCUCCGGCCUCUACUACAACGGCCUCCGCAUCCUCAACAUGGCCGCCGAGGGGCACCCGCACAUCAGGGUGGAGGGCAGCGCGCGACUGGUGGGCGACAUGCCGUCCUCCUCCAUCACCCCGCAGUCCAGUGCUGCCGCUGGUGGCAACCGCUCAGACUCCGCCCCCUCCCUUAGUGACAUCACAACCACCACAGCCUCUAACAGGAAACAGGGCGCCACACAGCAGUCGGCAGAUGACUUGCUGGUGGCGUCAGCGGAGUGUCCAAGUGAUGAUGAAGACAUUGACCCCUGUGACCCCAGUUCAGCCCGUCCCCCCCUGACGGAGGUGAAGGUGUUCCCAGGUCCGUCCGAGGUGGUGCGGGAGAGCAGCAGCACCACGGGCAUGGUGGUGGGCAUCGUGGCAGCCGCUGCCCUCUGCAUCCUUAUCCUCCUCUACGCCAUGUACAAGUACCGCAACCGCGACGAGGGCUCCUACCACGUGGACGAGAGCCGUAACUACAUCAGCAACUCGGCCACACAGCCCAACGGCAGCGCCAAGGACAAGCCACUGGGCAUCGCCAAGAUCUCCAAGAACAAGAAGAACAAAGACAAGGAGUACUACGUCUGA